UGUGUGUGUGUCUGUGUGUGUGUUAUUAGGUGUCUGCAGUUCUAAUAAAGGAAAGCGCUGCGUCCUUCACUGCCUCAUCAGAUGGCUUUGCUCUGCUUUGUCUGCCUGUCUGAUUUCUGUCCGUGUGUCCGUCAGGUCUGUAGUGGAGCUGGAUGGCUCGCAGCCUCUGGAUCAUCUGGAGAAGAGAGCGUUCAGGAAGGACUCUGUAACGACUGCGUUUUGAGAAUGAGUUUAUAGGAGAGUGAGAAACUUUAAAAGAUGUUUGCCUGUUUAUUUGACCUGGUGUAAAGUGUGUGUACGGUAUAUAAAAGACAGGCAGAGAAAGAGAGUGUGUGUGUGUGUGUGUGUGUGUGUGUGUGUGUGUGUGUGUGUGUGUGUGUGUGUGUGUGGGGGGGGGUAUGGUGUUGCCCACGCCAUUCGAAAUGCUGGGGUGUCCAGCGAGGUUAUUUUUGGAUCAGUGACAGCGUGUCAAUGGCUGCAGAUGCAUCGCAAAGGAAGGCUCUGAGAUACCAACAGACCCUGCUGUACGGUGAGUACAGGGAGCAGCUGGGAAACUUCGCCCGACGGGAGGCUGCCCGUUUGCUGACAGAGAGACAAUGGAGGAGACAGGCAGGAGAAAACGCCACAGCCACCGGCCGCAGAGGGCAUGGCCGGCGGCAUCACCAUCAUCACCCCAUGAGCUUGGAGUCGCAUCAAAGCCACGCCUCCUCUACCAAGAAGCCUCGUCCCUACUCCAAAUGCCAAGAUUGUUUGGCUCGUGUGCGGCGGUACAUAGUGACCAAAUUGGGGGAGGACUGGAUAUUCCUGGUUCUUCUGGGACUGACUAUGGCUCUGGUCAGCUGGAGUAUGGAUUACGCCAGCGCCAAGAGCCUGCAAGCCUAUAAGUGGAUACAUGGGGAGCUUAAGGGCAAUGUGCCGCUCCAGUACCUUGCCUGGGUUAGCUAUCCCAUGAUCCUUGUCAUGUUCGCCUCGCUCUUCUGUCACCUGGUUUCCCCACAGGCCAUCGGUUCUGGUAUUCCCGAGCUGAAAACCAUCCUGAGAGGUGUAGUGCUGAAGGAAUAUCUGACCCUCAAAGCCUUCGUAGCUAAAGUCAUCGGGCUGACUGCUGGCCUGGGCAGUGGGAUGCCAGUAGGCAAAGAAGGUCCAUUUGUCCACAUUGCCAGUAUCUGUGCCGCAGUGUUGAGUCGAUUCAUGUCCAUCUUCUCUGGAGUCUAUGAGAACCCUUAUGGUUACACAGAUAUUCUGACUGUUGGCUGUGCCGUGGGGGUGGGAUGCUGUUUCGGCACUCCACUAGGAGGGGUGUUGUUCAGUAUUGAGGUCACGUCUACCUACUUUGCAGUGAGGAAUUACUGGCGGGGAUAUUUUGCCGCCACAUUCAGCGCCUUCAUAUUCAGGGUGCUCUCUGUUUGGAACAAGGAUGCUGUCACAAUCACAGCUCUCUUCAAAACUAACUUCCGGAUGGAUUUCCCCUUUGACCUGCAGGAGCUGCCUGCAUUUGCAAUAAUAGGGAUCUCUUGUGGCUUCCUCGGGGCGUUCUUCGUCUACCUGAACAGACAGGUGGUCCUUUUCAUGAGAAGACCGACAGCGCUCACACGCUUCCUCACCAAACAUCGAUUGAUCUAUCCAGGUGCAGUGACGCUGAUCAUCGCCACCUUCACAUUUCCUCCUGGAUUUGGACAGUUUAUGGCGGGAGAGCUGAUGCCCAGGGAGUGCAUCAACUCCCUGUUUGAUAAUUUCACCUGGACCAAAAUCUCAGGAUCUCCUGCUCCCCCCGGCCUGGGUCGCUCAUCUGCGUGGCUCCAUCCACACGUCAGCGUCUUUGUCAUCCUCCUCCUCUUCUGUGUCAUGAAGUUCUGGAUGUCAGCAGUUUCCACCACGAUGCCCAUCCCCUCGGGUGCCUUUAUGCCAGUGUUCAUAUUAGGAGCUGCCUUCGGUCGCCUCGUAGGAGAGAUCAUGGCCACUCUUUUCCCAAAUGGAAUCCUCUUUGAUGGGAUAGUCUACCGCAUCCUGCCGGGAGGUUACGCUGUCAUUGGUGCGGCAGCGAUGACGGGAGCGGUCACACAUACAGUUUCCACUGCAGUAAUCUGCUUCGAGCUGACCGGUCAAAUCUCCCACAUCCUGCCCAUGAUGGUGGCGGUCAUCCUAGCAAACAUGGUGGCCCAGGGUCUGCAGCCUUCUCUCUACGACUCCAUCAUCCAGGUGAAGAAGCUGCCCUACCUGCCUGAGCUGGCCCUCGGGCACAUCAGCAAGUAUAACAUCUUCGUGGAGGACAUCAUGGUGCGCAGAGUGAAGUUUCUGUCUUCUCAAUCCACCUAUCGGGAACUAAACAAUCUACUAGAGACCACAACUCUAAAAACCAUCCCCCUGGUCGACUCUAAAGAAUCCAUGAUUCUUCUGGGCUCCAUCGAGAGGACGGAGCUUCAAGCCGUCUUUGACUGGUGGCUCUCACCAGAGAGGCGAGUCUUCGAAAGAGGUCAGAGUUCACCAGGCCAGGGCUCCAAAGUCAGCUGGGAGUCCUUCACCUUUGUAGACGAGGAGGGAGGAGAGGAGGGCGCAGACAAGACUCAAGUACAGGAGGAAUGUAACGGGCCCAUGCCAUCCCCCAAACCUCAGGAGCCCUCCACCAACCAUACAGGCUCAGACAAGCGUAAGCUGCCGUCUGUCAGAAGGACCCUUCAGAGACUCUUCUCCUCCACGUCUUCGUCAGGCCAGACUGAAACUCAGGAGACCACGGUCCCUCCGUUGACUGACACCAUGUCCCCAGAGGAGAUCAAAGCCUGGGAAGAGGAAGAGCUGGAUAAACCAGUCGACAUGGAGCAGAUACGUAUAGACCCCUCUCCGUUUCAGCUGGUGGAAAGAACGUCUUUGCACAAGACCCACACUCUGUUCUCUCUGCUGGGUCUCAGUCACGCCUAUGUCACCAGUAUUGGAAAGCUGGUGGGUGUCGUGGCACUGAAAGAGUUACAGAAAGCUAUAGAGGGUUCAACUCGCAGCGGGGUGAGACUUCGUCCCCCUCUGGCCAGCUUCAGAGACGCCAGCAGGAAAACCAAGAAGCACCAGCCUCCUUCAUCCACCCCUUCCUCCCCCACUCGGGACAGAGACCUGUGGGGGGAGGGGAGCAGGAGGGAAGGAGAGCUGGUAAGGAAGGAGUCCAAAGAGGAUUCCCGAGGGAAGGCGUCAUCUUCCAGAGGAGCUCCAGGUUGUGACUCUGAUUCCCCCUCCCCCAGCAGCACAGGGAGCAGCAGUGGCUCUGCCACCCCAAGAGGGGCCGACGGUGCUUCAGAGGAGCCUGCAUCUCCCUCUACCUCCUCCCCUACCUCAUCUUCAACCCCUGCCUCCCCUGUGUCACCCACCAGCCCUGUCCUCACACUAUCCUCCCUGCAGGAGGAGAGGGAGAGCGAGGAGUCGGAUGAGCCCAUAUAGACUGCGGUUUAAGAGAAAAGACUUUUACCUUAUUUUGAUUUCACUCCUUUUCCCCAGACAGAGACAGAGCUGCUGUCUGGGUGGAGGAGUCGGGCUCAUCUGUAGCCCUUGCAGACAUUCAGCUCUCAGCGAGCAGGACGAUGGUGCACACACAGCUCCUGAAACUUGUAGUACAGGAUGGUUUUUUUUCUACUCUUACAACAGUCUCACUUUUUCACUCAAAAUCUCAGGUGCCUUCCUGUGUCUUUUGAACUGCAGACGAACAAACAUGUUCAGUCCUACAUGUCACUAAUGUUCAAUGUCCAUCCAUAUCUUGGAAAUGUUGAAUGUAGCUGUAUGUCAUAUAUCUGUUAAUUUCAUUAAGUACCUUUGAUCAAAAAUUAACUGACAGCAAUGAAUCGUAUGAUAAUGAAAUAAUAUAUUGAUGAAGACUUAAUUAAUUUGACCUAGAGGUCAAAGAGAUCAUGCAUUUAAAGUUUACUGAUUGAGAUUAAUUUUAAAUUAUAACUUACAUUUAUCAUAUAUUUGAUGUAUGGUAAAUAUUCAAAUCAUUAUUACCAGUCUGUAAUUUGUAAAGAUAAUACAUAUUAAUGUUGUCUCCUAGCUUAUUUUAAUUAUUUACAACAAUAAAAAAUGACGAUUAAAAGAAAAA